UCACGUGACUACCACUGCCUCGCCCCCACCGCCUUCCCCUCCCAGGCCCGGCGAGUACUGGCGUGCAGCGGAGGCUCCCGGCUCGGUGGACUAACUGGAGCACGGUCGCCGCAGCCGCCUAGGCCGGUGCCCCAUCCCGCUCUGGAAAGGAAGAGAAAUGGAAGUGAAAAAGUUGAGCAUUUCCUGGCAGUUCUUGAUAGUUCUGGUUCUGAUCCUGCAAAUUCUGUCUGCGUUGGAUUUUGACCCAUACAGAGUCCUAGGGGUCAGCCGAACAGCCAGUCAGGCCGAUAUUAAAAAGGCUUAUAAGAAGCUCGCCCGGGAAUGGCAUCCUGACAAAAACAAAGACCCUGGAGCAGAAGACAAGUUCAUUCAGAUUAGCAAGGCUUACGAGAUUCUUUCCAAUGAAGAGAAGAGAUCAAAUUAUGAUCAUUAUGGAGAUGCCGGAGAGAACCAGGGCUACCAGAAGCAGCAGCAGCGAGAAUAUCGCUUCCGCCAUUUCCAUGAAAAUUUUUAUUUUGAUGAAUCUUUUUUUCACUUCCCUUUUAAUUCUGAGCGGCGGGACUCAAUUGAUGAAAAGUAUUUAUUGCACUUUUCACAUUACGUGAAUGAAGUGGUUCCAGAUAGCUUCAAGAAACCCUACCUCAUCAAGAUCACCUCAGACUGGUGCUUCAGCUGUAUCCACAUCGAGCCCGUUUGGAAAGAAGUCGUUCAAGAACUGGAAGGUUUGGGCGUAGGAAUCGGCGUGGUGCACGCUGGGUAUGAGAGACGCCUGGCUCAUCACCUGGGAGCACACAGCACCCCCUCCAUCCUGGGAAUCAUAAACGGCAAGAUUUCCUUCUUCCAUAACGCAGUUGUCCGUGAGAACCUCCGGCAGUUUGUGGAGAGUCUUCUUCCGGGAAACUUGGUGGAGAAAGUUACAAGUAAAAAUUAUGUCCGAUUCCUCUCUGGCUGGCAGCAGGAGAAUAAACCACACGUCCUUCUGUUUGACCAAAUGCCCGUUGUCCCACUGUUGUACAAGUUGACCGCUUUUGCAUACAAAGACUAUUUGUCGUUUGGAUAUGUGUGCGUGGGCUUGAGAGGGGCGGAAGAGAUGACGCGGCAGUACAACGUCAACGUCUACACCCCCACCCUGCUGAUCUUCAAAGAGCACGCAGACAAGCCCGCCGAUGGUCUCCAGGCCCGAGGUAUGAAGAAGCAAGCCAUUGAUGACUUCAUCACCCAGAACAAGUACCUACUGGCAGCCAGGCUCACCAGCCAGAAGCUGUUCCAUGAACUCUGCCCCGUGAAACGGUCUCACCGACAGAGGAAGUACUGUGUGGUUUUAAUCACGGCCGAGGCUGCCAAGUCAAGUAAACCCUUUGAGGCCUUCCUGUCCUUUGCCCUGGCAAACACCCAGGACACGGUUAGGUUCGUGCAUGUCUAUAGCAAUCGGCAGCCGGACUUUGCCAGCACCUUUCUUCCUGAUGGUGACGGCCUGCAGGGAAAGGCAGUGGUGUCUAUCUUAGAACGGCGCAACACUGCAGGAAGGGUGGUCUAUAAAACCCUGGAGGACCCCUGGACGGGGAGUGAGAGCGAUAAAUUCAUCCUUUUGGGUUAUCUCAACCAGCUGCGGAAAGACCCAGCGCUUCUGUCCUCAGAGGCUGUGCUCCCCGACUUAACCGAUGAACUCGCCCCUAUUUUUCUCCUCCGCUGGCUCUACUCAGCUUCUGGCUACAUCUCAGACUGCUGGGAUAGCGUGUUUCACAACAACUGGAGGGAAAUGAUGCCUCUGCUGUCCCUGGUCUUCUCUGCGCUCUUCAUCCUCUUCGGCACCGUCAUCGUGCAGGCGUUCAGUGACUCAAAUGAUGAGCGAGAGUCAAACCCUCCAGAUAAAGAAGAAGCCCACGAGAAGGCCGGGAAGACUGAGCCAAGCUUCACCAAAGACAGCAGCAGCAAGAUUCCUAAAAAAGGCUUCGUCGAGGUGACUGAACUCACAGAUGUCACAUAUACCAGUAACUUGGUGCGCCUGAGGCCAGGCCACAUGAACGUGGUCCUCAUCCUGUCGAACUCCACCAAGACCAGCCUCUUACAGAAAUUUGCUCUGGAGGUCUACACAUUCACUGGGAGCAGCUGCCUGCACUUCUCCUUCCUGAGUCUCGACAAACACAGAGAAUGGCUGGAAUACUUACUGGAAUUCGCGCAGGAUGCCGCCCCCAUCCCGAACCAGUAUGAUAAGCAUUUCAUGGAACGAGACUACACUGGCUAUGUGCUGGCUCUGAAUGGCCACAAGAAAUACUUCUGCCUCUUCAAGCCCCAAAAAACAGUGGAAGAGGAGGAAGCCAUGGGGUCGUGCGGCGGGCUUGACUCUUCCCUCCAUCUGGGGGAAUCUCGGGGGAAAUCCUCCUGUGGCCUCGGAUCCAGGCCUAUCAAAGGGAAACUGAGCAGGCUGUCCUUAUGGAUGGAGCGCCUGUUGGAAGGCUCCCUACAGAGGUUUUACAUCCCAUCGUGGCCUGCACUAGACUGAGAGGGUUUCCAACAGAGACUUGAACUCUUCAGCCUUUUUAACGGGUCCCUGUGAACAGGUAUUUUCAGGACUCAAACUAUCACAGCAGACAGAGUAUAGAUUUUAGAUCAUUCUUCUAGAACAAUGGCUAGAAGAAUCUUCCUUUGUCCUGUUCUAACCUAGGAGUGAACACCACCACAGAUUGAAUUCCCUAGAUGAAAAUAUUUUCCUUUGGAGUUCUUUUGUUUCUGCCCUGAUUUGAAUGCCGCACUAUUUAAGCUAGGCUGCUCAUUCCCUCCUCCUUGGUUGCCCCUGUCACGUGCUCACACCCCCCAUCCCAUCUCUGCUGGGGAAGCAGCACAGGGCUCAGUCUCGUAGCAGUACCUGGAUGGACCCUUACAGGCUGGAGUGCUGGUCCCCCUGCACCCCCACCUGGUCCCGCAGUGCUUCUGCCACGUGCAUGCCGUCCCCACGGAACCACCCAGCAGCUUCCGGGCCCUGCAUCUUGGAAAGGGCCUCGUUCCAAGUGAUCUUACGUGUGAAGGUGUUUCCGGUAGCAGGUAGCUCAGAGUCUAUCUUGGGAGUCUCCCAUGACAGUUGGUCAGCCACCGUUUUAAAAGGAUCAGGGUGAGUGGGCGUUCUGCACGUGAGAUUUCUUCCCUAGAGAAGUGGGGGAGAGCUGGGGUGACCGAGGGACCCCCUCGGUGAGCCUCUCCUCGGCUGCCUCUCCAGCGUGAAACCGCGCCAGGAAGGGCUCGGCAGGCAAGAAGUACUGUAUCAACUUUGAGCCAUUUCUGUGUAUGUCUUCAGAUGCCUUUCUGCUUCUGUCAACUUUAGGGUAAGGAUAUUAGGAGCCAUAAUUUGUAAUCCUGUUUUUUGAGCGUAGAGAUAAGCUGCUCUAAGCCAGUAGACGUUCAACUAAAGACACGCUCUUCCCACCCGCCGUGAGCAGCUCUUCACUCCAUGUCACGUUAGUAAAACACCAGACGUGUCUCUGUAUCAAGGAACUUAAAAUGUCUCAACAAUUGUAUUUUGAGCACUAUUACCCCCAAGUUCUAUAUCUUCAAGUCCUCUUUGUGACAAGUGAACCAAGACUUGUUCUGGACUCCUGUUUUGCAAAAGGCUUGCUCGAGCUUCUGGCCUCUAUUUGAUGUCUCCUCUGAAUUGUUUUCACCCUUAACUUACAGCCGCUUCGCCAGUGACAGAGUCAGACCUGUCAGCUGCACCCCAGCUUGCUGAGCUACCUGGACUCCAGGCCGGAUCAGACCAGCCAGUUAGAGAGUUUCCCUUUUCUCUUUUGGGCAAAACAGCCCCAUGGAGUUUGGGCGACAUUAGGAGGAGUCUGUGCAAACAUCAAAGCAGACCCGCCUUGUGUCAAGUGAAGCGUCAAAAUGGGACUUGUAUACUAAGUAUUUCUUUAACCAUGGUUGCUUUAAUCUAAGCCAUUUGGAUCCUGAAUAACUUAAAUAGUGAACUAGAGUACAUCAUAAAUUAUUGGAGGCCAGGAAUUUCACAGAGUUUGUAGUUUUAUUUUAAAAAUAAAGAAAUCAUGCCAGGCUUCAUUUUUCCACAGGCUCCUCUAAAAAUGAACGCCUUCUCUGAUUGCCAUGCUUCAUGGCCAUGCUUCAUGCCCGGCCCAGUUAGAAGUGAUCAAGGAUUCCCACUGACUCCUUGAGGUACCAGUCCUCACAACUGUUUUCUGGACCUGUCAUGGCCAGGUUGCUUUUAUGAUAGUGUUUUUGGUUCAGUGGUAGGUUUUAUUUUUAAUUUCUGGUACAAAUGGAAUUCCCAACACUAAUUUCUGAAAACCAAAAACUCCCCAGAGUUGUUCAUUUGUUUAAAAAUGUAUCGUUCAAAUAAAAAGUCCCUUCAGACAGUGUACCUCCCAAUGUACUAAGAAAGGAAAAUGAUAGUAAGAUUGAAAGCAUUCCUGGUAAACAUUUUGGCCCUAAAGUUCUUGUGCAGAUCAUUUGGGGGGCUGGUAGAUCUGUCCCCAAGUGGACACUAGAGAGCUUUCAUUUUAAAUCAGAUUUUGUUUGAAAUCAAAUCAAGAUCACCCAGCCCUUUCCCCCUGAAUGUUGUUCCCAUGAAUUCGUUUAUCUUUUACUUUUGUGUCAAACAUAUAAGCCCUUGUCACGUUCAGCCAAUGUCGCCACCACCUGUCCUGCAUGUAAUCACAGACCUGAUUUCGGUUUUAACUUCCUAGUGUUUGAAUACCCUGAAACUGACUGCGUCCCUGUUCGCAGAGGCGGACUUUGCUGGUCGGUACAGGCGAGGCAUCAUGUUUAGCAGAUGGGGAGCGAAGACUAACUUAAAACGAUUCUCUGUAAGAGACUCACCCAUGUAAAAAAGAUUUCUCACGGCCAGGUGUUGGCACAAUCUGUGAAUGCUGAAGUCGCUGCCCCACCUCAGCAGCGUGUCAGUGACAAGACCGCCCAGCCUCUGCCAGGUCACGCCACCAUCACCUGAUGACCAAGAAAACUUGGUGAUGGUUUUUAAAUAAGAGGUUGAUUUCCUCCUCACUCAGUAUAUUGAAAUGUUUUCCUGAUAGAUAAAAGAUCAUGAGCUGAAGGUGUUUUAAGUGGUUUGCUUUGGGAAGGACAUUCGUUUUGGGUUGUUUUUUUUUGUUUGUUUUUUUUUUUUUUGAAUAAAAUUCUCUAAAAGCAGGUGCACAGCAUCCUUACAGAUGAAAUGUUGCUCAGGCUCAUACACCUGACAUCAUCCCUUGAAAACAGAGGCAGCAGAGCAGCUGCUGAAUCUCUUUGUUCAGUUUGUCAAGGAGGGGGAUUGUGUUUUCAAGAUUGAUGUGAAAAGAAGGUGAAUAUUUUGCACUUUUGAUACUCUUAAGAACAAAUAACCUAUUUGGCAAAUGGUGUCUUUUUUAUGUUGUUUUGUUUUGUAUUGUGAACAGGCACUGAAGCUGAUGUUAUUUUAAGAUUAUUACAGACUGGAAACAGAAAUAAACUAUUUUAAUGUGUGAUGAUUAUGGGUAGCUUUUGCGUUUCAAGACAAGGAUUUGAUCACGGGCGCAGCUACAGAAUUGAAUUUGCAUGUAACUCAACACAUGCUUAAGAUCAGUGCAUCUUAACUGCAGAUUUCAGGAACUGCCAUCAUGGAGGCUGUAUCAGCUGGAAGAGGAGGCGAGGGGGCAGGCGGUUAAGGAGGCGUCCCUGAGGGUCUGCUGAGUCCCUGGUGUCUGGUUUAGAAAACAAUUCAUGCACCUCCCUGGGCUUUUGAGGGGGGAGUUGACUAGGAACCGUGUGUUAUUCUGUCCCAAGCUUUGUGUUUAUGUUCACCACGGCCUAAAAUCAGGACGCGGCCCUGAGUGUCCAGAGGAGGAGCCCCAGAAAUAAGGAAUGUUUGUACAGUGUUAUAGGUUUUUACAAGGUCGUUCCUCCAGUGUGUGGAUAACCUUGAGCUAAAUUCUCCAUCCCUUUCCCUUCCAUCCCCCAACAUUUUCACCAGAGGGGAAAAGCCAAAACAGCCCAAGUGGUGCUUUUUUUUUUUAAUCCCUGCUCCUUAGAAGUACGUGCUGUUUGGAUUAGCGUUCCUCUGGAUGCCCUGAUAUCAGCCACCAACGACAUUUGGAGCAAAAGUUUUAUUGGCAUAAACUCUUGAGGAUUCAGCUGCUUGCUCAUAACUUCUUUCCAGAGAACUUGUCCUUGACACAAGCUGGUGUUUUAUCCUGGAGGACACCAGCUCAGACGGUUUUCACCUUGGGGAGAGCACACAGCAUCUCAAACAGCAGGUUGGCCGCCACGAGGGCCGUGUUGCCUGCAAAGAGGGAAAACC